AGGUCAAUGUAUUUCACCUGUUCAAUCACAAACAAUUUAUAUGACAUUGGGAAAUAGUUGUCAGUCUGGCGUUAAGAGAAUAUCUGGUGUGCAUUUCCUGUGGGUUAUCUGUCUUGUGUUUACAUUGGCUACGAGUGAUCUUGAAAAUGGACUUCAAGGACUCUCGAGACGAGAAUGUUUCUCUUUCAAGUGUUAAUGGAAGACUGAUGAGGACAGCGAAAAGGAUUGUCCAAGUUCUGCUCAAUGCGCUACCAAUUCUACAUAUGAUCCC